AAGUAUAAAAUUGAUAAGUUUUAGCAUCACCCCUUCGCUGGGAGUGGUAGCUCCCGAGUGCAAAUGGCUGACGUCUCAAGCCCGGCUGCAGGACACGUAGAGACUUUUCGGAACAUAACGGCUCCCACCCUAAACUUGCAUGAACAAUUCCCGCUCCCCCUUUAAACUCUGAGUUAGGAUUUAACUCGCGCGAACCGGUGCCGUGUGACCGUGGGGGUGACACGUUGACCCCAUGAGUCUCGCCAGAUGUGCGGAGGGGGAAGCCAAGCGGGGUUGAAGCUGGCGAGCUCUUGGAUAGGGCCUCUGUGCGAUCGCUCGCGAUGCCCGGCCGCCUCUAUGGUGCCGUCGCUCCGUUCCCCAACCCCGUCGACGACCCCAGCAACUCGUACAUCUUCUCCGGAGGUCGCGGCACUGGCAAAGGCGACAGACGCGACGUCACUUCCUCCUCCUCCUCCUCGCCACCGCUCGGCACGCUCUCGUCGGACGAAGACGACGAGUCCACGGCCCUCAUCGCCGCCACCGCCGAUGCCGCCGUCACCGCCGCCGUCACCGCGGAAACCUCCGGCGCCGCUGUCGCCACGGAAACCGGCGCCACCGACGCCAUCGAGCUGCGGGUGCGAGCCACUCGCGACGGCGCGAGGAUGACGGGCGAGCGGGCGCCGCUUGCGGACGUCAUUUUCCUGGAGCGCGAAGUGCGGGAGGGCGACUCGCUCGUCACGUUUGCCCUGCAGUAUGGAUGCUCAGUGUCUGACAUCAAGCGCGCCAACAACCUGAUGAGCGAGCAGGGCAUGUAUGCGUUGCGCUCCGUGCGCAUCCCUGUGCGACGCCACGGGCUGCUCACCGACGCUGUCGAGGAGGCGAGGAGGAGACCGCUACCACCACCACCCUCAUCAUCAUCAUCAUCAACCACCUCAUCCUUGCCCACCACCGCCGGCGCCUCUGUAGUCACCGGCGGUUCCAGCUUGCCGACAGCACCGGUUGCGGGUGUACCGGCGCCGGCGUCACCAGCGGAGGUGGCGGCGACGGCGGCGGCGGUGGCGUUCCUGCGCGUCAUGGACCGCGACAUCGCGAACAUCGCGCGACGAACCGACGUGUCGAAGGCCUCGCUCGAGGAGGUGACGCAAGCGCUCACCGAGAAGCGCUUUCACCCGCUGGGUCCUCGGCAGCACUUGCACCAGCUCGAGUUUCGUCAGGAUAGUCAUCAGCAGCAGCAGCAGCAGCUCGAAGGCUCCUCGCAUCACCGCCGACGGAAGGAUUCGUGCGACGGCGCCGACUGUGGAAUCCGCUGGUGGAGCGCGGUGGCCGUGAUGCUGCUCGUGGGGGUGGCCAUGCCGCUGGUCUACUACGCUUUCCACGCCGUGCGUGCACGACUCGACAGCCCGGCCCCGCUCGCCGGAGAGGACGAUCCAGCUGCGGCCGCCGCAGCGGCGGCGGCGGCUGCGGCAGAGGCGGGUGGGAUUCCAGGGAAGGGCGAACGGCAACACCAGCGACAGCAACACGAAGGACAGCAACAUCAGGUGCGAAGGUUGGUGUCCAGGUUUCAUCGGGCGCCCAUCGAACUGAGGUCGACGCCGGACGGGACAUUGCCGACGGUGGCAUCGAAGCAGAUUCCUGCGGCGAGUGGGUGAGGGGUGAGGAGGGAAAUCGGAAGUUUGUGACAAUUAGCGGAGUGCAAGGGACAGAUGUACCAUGCACACGUGCGUGCACGCACAUACCCGUAUGGACACAGAGGCACCCACUCGCUCACUCACGUGCACACUCACACAUACACACACAAGCAUAUAAAUGCACAUGAAUGCACGUACAUAAUAUAGUACACAAAUAUGCACACAGAUGAACCCAGACAAACAAAAGACGAUGACGCAGAUCCCUGUGCCGUUAUUGAGCACCUAUUAAAGCUGACACGGAGCAUAAUGGGAUGGCCAGCGCCAGGCCAGGCCGCAUUUAUCUCUGCAGUGCUGAUGUUUACAGAUUGGGUCAACUGAGUGGAGGCCAAGACAAAUUGAGUUGUCCACAAAAGUUGUGCAUGACCGGGAAUUGGAUCCAGGUCACUGGGAUUAUCGUGCGUUAACAAACAAAUGCAAACACACUCAUGCACUGCCAGGUUCAGACGCACGACGAUUGCUUAUCUCUGAAAACCUCACCAAGUCUCAAGGUGCUCUGUCAGCGCCAGGUAGCGCUGUGGUUGGAGCACUCGAUUCACAAUCAGAAGGUCACGCGUUAAAAUUCUGGUUGUGGGGUCAAUGAAACAUCUGUGGGAAGUCAAUAAUGGCCAUCCUAUGGCUAGACCGGCCCUCGCAAUGUGACCCACACUCGAGUUAACUUUGACCUUUGAGUGUAAGGAGAGCUGGUUUACCGCACUUGGUGUUUGCAUUUACAUACACCCACGUACACAUGUACACAAACACAAGCUUGAUUGUUUUUUAUAUAAAAGGAGACAAAGCAACACUUGAAUGCCUCUAGGUGCAUAUUUCGCUUACUACGGGAACAUGUAGAUGAAUGGACAUGAUGUACGCUUAGUAAUGUUCCUGUUAGCGAAGGCGUACGUGACAUUUGAGAUAUCCCAAGGAGGAAAACAAAAAAACAAUUGCAUCUUUCAGCUGCCGUGCAGCCAAAAAAUAUAUACAAAUGGUCUGGUGUAGCUUUAUUUUUGUCUCGCGGGGGAUAAAAUAAAUACUAUUUUUCAGCGGAACUAUCUCUUUUUAGACGAGUAAUUCUGGUCAGAGAAUGUUUUGGAUAAUAUAUGCAGAGUUCAGAUGGGCAAUGAGUCGUAGGUAAUGUUGCUUUGCAUUUGUCCUUUAAGCCUAUGAUUUGUUGAAAGCAAGGCAGGUUUUUUUUCUUCGUCGAGAAUGUUUUGAUUUUGAACGAUCAUCUGAUUUUAACUCAUCUUUGUCACAGAUGGCCAACUGUUUACAAGACAUUUAACAUUUCCAACAUACAUUGGAGCAUGCUCUUCGAGUCACAGCUUUCUUGUAGUUGAAUUUUAACAUGUUUUAAGGCUCCAGUUCAGUAGUCCAGUGUUAUUUAUAAAACUCAACGUUUAACCUACUCACGCCGGCUUGUGCCCGCCCUCACAGUCGGGCAUAUUUGCGGAAUACACCACGCCGCCGUUGACCCUGGCCAAUGACCGAGCAACCCAACGUUCCUACCAGCUCCCUCUGCAGGAAUGUGUUUUAACGUUUUCAAAUCUGGCUUCAUCUUAAAGUACUUAAAGCCUAAAUGGAUGAUCCAAAGCUCGACUCUGGGACACGGGGAACACUUUGUAUCAACCGAACAACGGCUGGCAGGGUCUGUGGCAUUAGUGGCGAUGGCGCCGAUGACAUCUCGACCUUGAAUGCAGCCUAGUGGUUGAAGCGUUUAUCGUUGACUCGAUAGCGCCCGAGUAUCUGGUUCGUAUUCCUACUGCUGCAGCCAGCCGGGAAUACUGAGGGUAACUACCAAAGCAUGCAUAUGACCUUCAUGGUGAAGUGGACAUGAAAGACCCCUUAGGUGUCACUCUCACGAGUAGGGAAUUGAAAGGAUGCAAAUCCGAAGCAUCGCCCGCAAGAGUGAAACGUAAGACCGAAUAACUCUUGCUGAAAUAACGAUGGGAACCCAGGUUUCUUUCUCGAGAGGAAGGGGAUCUCAGUAUGCCCUCUUGUGGUUAAAUGUAUACAACUGCUUUUUCUGUUUCAUGGAGAACAACUCUUUUUUUUCUCAUUUUAAACAGACGACAUUUAUUGGUAGUAGAGGCUCUUAGCAACUACUCUCAAACGCUCUUUGGUUCUUUCGGUAAAGUCAUGUAUAAAGAUAAAAUAAUAAAUUAAAUAAUAGCAUACGACGUUUCGAUU